GGGGCGGCGCGCCGGUUCCGGGAUCCGGGUCGCGGGCUGCGCCACCGCCUCGGGGCGCGCCGGGCGCUGGGCGCAGCUGAGGGGCGCAUGUUGGGGCGCGCGGCGUGGAGGCGCUGCCCGCGAGGGCUGCGGCGCGGCCGGGAGGCGCUGCUGGCACUGCUGGCGUUGCUGGCGCUGGCUGGGCUGGGCUCGGUGCUGCGGGCGCGGCGCGGGGCCGGAAUGGCCGAGCCGGGACUCCCACGCACCCCGCGCUCCGGGCGGCGAGACCCGGUUCUGGCGCGGCCGCCGGUGCGGGAGGACGCUCUGGGCGCGCGAGGCGAGGCAGUGCGGCUGCAGCUGCAGGGCGAAGAGCUGCGGCUGCAGGAGGAGAGCGUGCGGCUGCACCAGAUAAACAUCUACCUCAGCGACCGCAUCUCGCUGCACCGCCGCCUGCCCGAGCGCUGGAACCCUCUGUGCAAAGAGAAGAAAUACAAUUAUGAUCAGUUGCCCACGACAUCUGUCAUCAUAACAUUUUAUAAUGAAGCCUGGUCAACUCUCCUUCGGACAGUUUACAGUGUCCUCGAGACAUCCCCAGACACUCUGCUAGAAGAAGUUAUCCUUGUAGAUGACUACAGCGAUCGAGAGCACCUGAAGGAACGCCUGGUCUCCGAGCUGGCCAGGCUGCCCAAGGUCCGCCUGAUCCGCGCCAACAAGAGGGAGGGCCUGGUGCGGGCACGGCUGCUGGGGGCUUCCGCGGCCAAGGGCGACGUGCUGACCUUCCUGGACUGCCACUGCGAGUGCCACGAAGGGUGGCUGGAGCCGCUGCUGCAGAGGAUCCAUGAAAAGGAGUUGGCAGUGGUGUGCCCUGUGAUCGAUGUGAUCGACUGGAACACCUUCGAGUACCUGGGGAACGCUGGGGAGCCCCAGAUUGGCGGUUUCGACUGGAGGCUGGUGUUCACGUGGCACGUGGUUCCCGAGAGGGAGAGGAUCCGCAUGCGGUCCCCCAUCGAUGUCAUCAGGUCUCCAACCAUGGCUGGUGGGCUGUUUUCCGUGAGUAAGAAAUAUUUUGAAUACCUGGGGUCUUAUGAUACAGGAAUGGAAGUUUGGGGCGGAGAAAACCUCGAAUUCUCCUUUAGAAUCUGGCAGUGCGGGGGGACCCUGGAGACACACCCGUGUUCGCACGUUGGCCACGUUUUCCCCAGGCAAGCUCCCUACUCCCGCAACAAGGCUCUGGCCAACAGUGUCCGCGCAGCUGAAGUGUGGAUGGAUGAAUUUAAAGAGCUCUACUACCAUCGCAACCCCCAGGCCCGCUUGGAACCCUUUGGGGAUGUGACAGAGAGGAGGCAGCUCCGUGCAAAGCUCCAGUGUAAGGACUUCAAGUGGUUCUUGAAUACCGUGUAUCCAGAACUGCACGUGCCUGAGGACAGGCCUGGCUUCUUCGGGAUGCUCCAGAACAAAGGACUAAAAGAUUACUGCUUUGACUAUAACCCUCCCAAUGAACACCAGAUCACAGGACAUCAGGUCAUUCUGUACCACUGUCAUGGGAUGGGUCAGAACCAGUUUUUCGAGUACACGUCCCAGAAUGAAAUACGCUAUAACACCCACCAGCCGGAAGGCUGCGUGGCGGUGGAGGCCGGAAUGGAUGUUCUCAUCAUGCAUCUUUGCGAGGGAGCCACCCCAGAGGAUCAGAAGUUCAUCUUGCAGGAGGAUGGUUCUUUAUUUCAUGUACAGUCCAAGAAAUGUGUUCAGGCUGAGAGGAAGGAAUUGAGCGACAGUUUUGUACCACUCUUACGAGACUGUACCAACUCAGAUCGUCAGAAAUGGUUCUUCAAGGAACACAUGGUAUGAAAUGUCACUGUACUACGGAGUCCAUCUAGAGGAGAUGGGGGGAGCCCCUGGACUCCGUGUUUAACAGACUUACCUAAGCACAGAGACAGACACACCAAAAACUUGGCUGCUCCUCUUUUCAUAAGGAAAUCAUUUUGUGAUUUGUGAAAGUGAUGUUGGCUUUAAUAAAAAUGUGAAUAAGCUUUGUACUGAUUUUGAAAACUUUAAAAUUGUUCCCAAAUACCCUGUUUUCAAAGGGUAGUCAUAAAAUGUUAACUCCAGGUAUUCAGAGAAUUAAAAGCUUUAACUAUUUUUCUAUCA